GAGUUUCCGACGUCGAUGGUUUCGGUUGCCUUGGUUCCCUUUCCUUUUUACCUCCGGGCGAAGGGUCGACCGGAAGCAGGAAGAAGAAGGGCAGGAGGGAGUAGGAUGGUCGUGGGUCGGGGAGGCGGUGGAUCCGCGCGGUGCUUGCGGGGGUCGGCGGCCGCCAUGGCGCUGCCGCCCCUGCUCUUCCUCCAGCUCCUCCUGGCCGGGUCGGUGCCUCGAGGGGCUGCGGAGCUCACAGACGGCAACAGCGAGCACCUGAAAAGAGAGCACUCGCUCAUCAAGCCUUACCAGGGGGUUGGCUCCAGUUCAAUGCCCCUCUGGGAUUUCCAGGGGAGUACAAUGCUGACCAGCCAGUAUGUUCGAUUGACCCCUGAUGAGCGCAGUAAGGAGGGUUCAAUCUGGAACCGAGUGCCCUGCUUCCUAAAGGAUUGGGAGCUCCAUGUCCAUUUCAAGAUCCAUGGAAUAGGCAAGAAAAAUCUGCACGGAGAUGGUUUUGCUCUGUGGUAUACUCGGGAGCGCCUUACUGCAGGCCCUGUCUUUGGCAGCAAAGAUAACUUCCAUGGACUGGCCAUUUUCCUGGACACUUACCCAAAUGAUGAAGCUACAGAGCGUGUGUUUCCAUACAUCUCUGCCAUGGUGAACAAUGGAUCCCUGACAUACGACCAUAGCAAAGAUGGUCGCUGGACAGAGCUGGCAGGCUGCACAGCUGACAUUCGUAAUCGGAACCAUGACACUUUUUUGGCUAUCCGUUACUCCCGGGGACGUCUGACAGUGAUGACUGAUGUGGAGGACAAAAAUGAAUGGAAAAAUUGCUUUGAUGUUGCUGGAGUCCGCCUGCCCACUGGUUACUUCUUUGGGGCUUCUGCUGGUACAGGCGAUCUAUCUGACAAUCAUGACAUCAUCUCAAUGAAGUUAUUUCAGCUGAUGGUGGAACAUCCACCAGAGGAAGAAAACAUUGACUGGACAAAAAUUGAGCCUAGUGUCAGCCUUCUCAAGUCACCAAAAGAUAACGUGGAUGACCCGACAGGAAACUUCCGCAGUGGGCCCUUGACGGGCUGGAAGGUGUUCCUCUUGCUCCUGUGUUCUCUGCUUGGCAUCAUUGUUUGUGCCGUGGUGGGAGCCGUGGUCUUCCAGAAACGCCAGGAGCGGAACAAGCGAUUUUACUAGAGGGGGAAGCAAGCCCACAUUCUGGGCAUUUGGGAAUAUUUUUUACAGGGGGGAGGGAGAAUUGUAUAGACUCUGGCUUCGAAAAGGCUCUUUCAGAGAAAUACAUGGAUUAUUUUCAUAUCUUUUCCCCCCACCUGGCAGCACAAGCCCGACAACAUAUGUCAGAACAAUCAGGAAGGUAGGGGGAGCACCUUUUCUCUCUUUCUGAAUACUAUUCAGAGCCGUCAGCCCCUCUUUUAACACCUUUUUUAAAAAGGAGGGAAAAGAACUGUGGUUCGAGGUGAGUGUUCCUGCUCUAUGGGGCAUGACUCUGUAUCCCAGCUAGUAUGUGCUGGUGUUUCUCUAACAGGGCAAUAUUUCCAGAGUCCUGCUAACUGCUGGCAGCAAUUUUCUUGCCUGGCCCGUAAGCCGCCUUCAAGGUGGAUGUUUUGAACUGAAUGUAUUUUGUAAUCUCACUGGCCUUGGUACUUCCUUUUAGUACCAGCUCUUUCUCUACUGCUGAAAGUGAGACUAAUUUACACCAAAACAACUGGUGACUAUCAAAUGUGAUCUCUCCCGCCCCCUCCCCCUUUGGUGAUGGAACCUGUGAUUGCAUUGGUCUGAGAGAGUGGGAACUUGAUUUUUUCCAGUUACUGUGGAGUAUAUGCCAAAAUUUGGUCACAGACAUUCAGGUCCUGCUCUGAAUCAUCGCAUUAAACUUCUGAACUAGGUGGUUCUGGUGGUGGGACCUUGCCAUAGCCACAUAGCUGCGUGUGGGUCUGCAAGAUGAUGGGUGAAAGAGAGGGUGUGUGAAAUAAAAAUGGAAAACUGA